AUGGCCGCUGCCACUACCACCACAGCCGCCAAGGCGCCUUUUAUCCCCCAAGAUGUCUCCGAAGUAGCCACCAUGGUCAAAGGCCUAGAGGCCGGCAGGAAAAGCGGUGGCGACAAGAAGCACUUCAAGGUCAAGAAGAACACAUUCGACGUGGUCGGUUCCUCCGACGGGAUCCAGGUAGACUCGUGGAAGUUUUCCGAUUGGGACUACAAGCGUCGGGACCUACCCACCUAUGCCCGCGGCCUCUUCACCACUAGGAACCGCCGCAACGAGCCCCAGAUUGCUGUGCGAGGUUAUGACAAGUUUUUCAACAUCAGCGAGGUCCACGAGACCGAAUGGAAGAACAUUAUCGAGCAGACAAGGGGACCCUACGAGCUCACACUAAAAGAGAACGGCUGCAUCAUCUUCAUCUCCGGGCUCGAGGAUGGCACAUUACUCGUUUGCAGCAAGCACUCAACCGGAGAGCGAGGAGACGUUGACGUGAGCCACGCCAAGGCCGGAGAGCAGCACAUCGAGAAGCAACUUGCCGCUAUUGGAAAGACGAAGGCCGAUCUCGCCGCCGAGCUUUAUCGUCGAAACGUCACCGCCGUCGCCGAGCUUUGCGACGAUUCUUUCGAGGAGCACAUCUUAGCGUAUGGCGAGGACAAGGCGGGACUGUACCUCCACGGCGUCAACUUGAAUCUCCCUUCCUUUGCCACGUACCCUAGUCAGUUAGUGCAGGAGUUUGCCGACGCCUGGGCAUUCCGAAAAGUAGGACUGAUUGUCAUGGAUGAUAUCAACGAGGUGAAAGAGUUUCUUGAAAAGGCUGCCGAAACGGGCGCUCACGAUGGCCGCGACGUGGAGGGUUUCGUCAUCCGGUGCCAGCGAUCGUACAACCCCGAUUCCGUGCCUUACCAGGAUUUCUUCUUCAAGUUCAAGUUCGAGGAGCCAUAUCUCAUGUACCGCCAGUGGCGAGAGUGCACAAAGGCCUUGAUCUCGGGCAAGCCUCCCAAGUUCAAGAAGCACCAGAAGAUUACCGAGGAGUAUCUUCUCUACGCCCGGAAACGACUCGCAGCCGAUCCGAAGCUUGCGAAACAGUACAUGAAGAACCACGGCAUCAUCACCCUCCGGGACGACUUUUUAGAAUUCAAGCAUAUCAAGGGAGCGGAUGCCGCCAACAUCGAGAACCUGGCUGGUGAAGCCUUGCCCUCAACAGAGGUCGACAAGGAUGUUAUCCUCGUCCCCAUCGCGACCAUUGGUUGCGGCAAAACAACUAUUGCCCAGGCACUCGCGCACCUGUUCGACUGGGGCCACAUACAAAACGACAACCUUACCGGCAAGGGGAAGAAGCCCCCUCGCUUCACGAGGAUGUGUCUCGAGCAGUUGACGAUCCACCCCGCCGUGAUUGCCGACAGGAAUAACGCUGCGAAGCACGAACGAAGGCAGAUCAUUACGGAUGUCAAGCUUCAGCAUAGCGGGGCGAAGCUGGUGGCGCUGCACUUUGUGCACGACCCGGAGCAACUCGACAACCUCCGCGAGGUCACCCGGGCGAGAGUUCUGGAGCGCGGAGAUAACCACCAAACCAUCCAUGCUGCGACGGAGCCGACCAAGUACCUCCAUAUCAUGGAAGGCUUCAUUGACAGGUUCGAGCCGUGCAACCCCUUCUCGCCGCCGGAUGAUGGCUUCGACCAUGUCAUCGACCUAGAUCCGGUGGCCGGUAGUCGCGUGAAUCUCGAGACGGUGGUCACGCAACUCCAUCAGUGGUAUCCCAACCUCGUUCGAGAGCUCCCUAGCGCCGAGAAGCUGGAUGAAGCCAUCGAAUUCGCCAUGGGGUACAAGCCCGAAAUCAAGCACACGAUCCCCGACCGAGGAGGGAAGAAUAAGCGGGGCCAGCAGCAGCAGCAGCAGCAAGAAAAGAAGAAGCCUCUCGAGUACAUGGCCGUACACGUCUCGGCCAGGGACGUCAAUGACAUUUUGGAGAAGGCAUUCGCGGACAAGGAUCGUGACACUACGCGGUUCUACAUGCAGCUGAAGCAGACUCGACGAGUUCAGCCCAAGUUCCACGUGACGUUGAUGCACCGAGCUUCUUCGAAGGAGAACCCCGAGCUUUGGAAGAAGUACAAUGAUCUCUACGAAGAGGCAGCGAAGGCCGGUAAUGCGGAGGGCAAGCUCGGGGACUGCGAUGUCAUGCUUGAGCGGAUUGUCUUUGACGACCGCAUCAUGGCCCUUGUCGUCCGCCUCGUCAACAACGAGUGGAAGUGCAUCAACAAGGUUGCGCACAUCACCGUCGGCACGAGGGACUCCACCGUCAAGCCCAAGGAGAGCAACGACCUGCUCGAGAAGUGGCUCGAGAACGGUGUCGGCGACAAGGUACACGACGUUGUGCUCGAGGAUAAGCCUACGCUGAAGGGAUUUGUUGGAGGCGUGGCCAACUUUUUCAAGCGCUAG